UUGACAUUUCACACCGUGGCUGUUAUUCAAUAACACUUGUAGGAGGUAGAUGAUGAAGUUCAGAGGAGGAAAUUAAACAAAAAGCGUUGUGCGUGUUUUGGACUGAAAGACCGGGCUCGCGGUGCGGGGAGGAUGUCUCAGGUCCUGAGGCUUCUCUCGGCGGCCGCCCUGCCUCUCUGCCGGGCUGGAGGAGCCCGGGUUCGGCUCUCCACGGUGACAGCAGGUCGGCUCUUCACAGCCGGUUACCGAAGCUCCGCUGCCCAGAACGUCAGCCGGACUCCAGCGAACUUCCUGUCCUGUCGCAGAUUCCAGGCAGCACAGCGACGGCUGUACUCCACUGAACCCAAAGAUGGAAAAGGAGGAAAAGGAGGAGCAGGAGGAGGCAAAAGAGGAGGAGGAGGAGGAGGAAAAGACUGGUGGAGCCGAAUGCAGAAGGGCGACUUCCCCUGGGACGAGAAGGAGUUCCGUUACCUGGCGGUGAUGGCGGCCGGCGUCGGCUCAGCUCUGCUCUACUUCUACUUCAGAGACAACGGCAGAGAGAUCAGCUGGAAGGACCUCGUCCACCGUUACGUGGGCAGAGGACUGGUGGAUCGGUUAGAGGUCGUCAACAAACAGUACGUCAGAGUCAUCCUGGUGCCGGGAGCCGACGUUGAUGCGAGCUACGUUUGGUUCAACAUCGGCAGCGUCGACACCUUCGAGAGGAACCUGGAGGCGGCGCACGUGGAGCUCGGCCUGGAGCCGUCGCACCGACCUGCCGUCGUCUACACCACCGAGAGCGACGGCUCUUUUCUGCUCAGCAUGGUGCCCACCCUGCUGCUCUUCGGCUUCGUGCUCUUCACCCUGCGGCGGGGACCGAUGGGAGGAGGCCCCGGCGGCGGGAGGGGCGGGCCCUUCAGCAUGAGCGAGUCGACGGCGAAGAUGAUGAAGGACAAUAUUGAGGUGAAGUUCAAGGACGUCGCCGGCUGCGAGGAGGCCAAGCUGGAGAUCCUCGAGUUCGUCAACUUCCUGAAGAACCCGCAACAGUACCAGGACCUCGGAGCCAAGAUCCCCAAGGGUGCCGUCCUGUCCGGACCUCCUGGGACCGGGAAGACUCUGCUGGCUAAAGCCACAGCUGGAGAGGCCAACGUGCCCUUCAUCACCGUCAACGGCUCUGAGUUCCUCGAGAUGUUCGUGGGCGUCGGCCCCGCCAGGGUCCGGGACAUGUUCUCCAUGGCGAGGAAGAACGCCCCGUGCAUCCUCUUCAUCGAUGAGAUCGACGCUGUGGGGAGGAAGAGGGGCGGAGGGAACUUUGGCGGUCAGAGCGAACAGGAGAACACCCUGAACCAGCUGCUGGUGGAGAUGGACGGUUUCAACACGGCCACGAACGUGGUGGUCCUGGCUGGAACCAACAGACCCGACAUCCUGGACCCUGCACUGAUGAGGCCGGGACGCUUCGACAGGCAGAUCUACAUAGGGCCUCCGGACAUCAAAGGCAGGGCGUCCAUCUUUAAAGUCCACCUGCGGCCAAUCAAGCUGGACCCUGAAAUGGACAAAGACAUCCUCGCCAGGAAGAUGGCCGCCGCCACGCCGGGAUUCACCGGAGCCGACAUCGCGAACGUCUGUAACGAGGCGGCGCUGAUCGCUGCCAGACACCUGAACGCAUCCGUCAACGCCAAACACUUCGAACAGGCCAUCGACCGGGUGAUCGGAGGUCUGGAGAAGAAGACUCAGGUCCUGCAGCCCACAGAGAAGAAGACUGUAGCGUAUCACGAGGCCGGGCACGCCAUCGUGGGCUGGUUCCUGCAGCACGCCGACCCCCUGCUGAAGGUGUCCAUCAUCCCGCGGGGGAAGGGUCUGGGCUAUGCUCAGUACCUGCCCAGAGAGCAGUACCUGUACAGCAGAGAGCAGCUGUUCGACAGGAUGUGCAUGAUGCUGGGGGGCCGCGUGGCCGAGCAGGUCUUCUUCAGCAGGAUCACCACCGGCGCUCAGGACGACCUGAAGAAGGUGACGCAGUCCGCCUACGCUCAGGUGGUGCAGUUUGGGAUGAGUGAGAAGGUGGGGCAGGUGUCGUUCGACCUGCCCCGGCAGGGUGAGAUGGUGAUGGAGAAGCCGUACAGCGAGGCCACGGCCGAGCUCAUCGACGAGGAGGUCCGAGAGCUGGUGGAGCGAGCGUACGAGAGAACCAUGCGGCUGAUCGAGGAAAAGAAGGAGCUGGUGGAGAUGGUAGGGAAGCGUCUCCUGGAGAAGGAGGUCCUGGACAAGGCUGACAUGCUGGAGCUGCUGGGCCCGCGGCCGUUCGAGGAGAAGUCGACGUACGAGGAGUUCGUGGAGGGAACGGGGAGCUUCGAGGAGGACACGAGCCUGCCGGAGGGCCUCCGAGACUGGAACCAGGAGAGAGGAGGGGAGGCCGAGGAGGCGGGCCCGACUCAGGACAAACAGCAGGCGGUGUAGAGACGCUUCCCGUCACCGCUGACGCUGACCACAGAGUCCGGCAGCUGUCAGAGGACGCUUUGAUCAGUUAGUUCCACUUUCCAGAUCACUUCAGCUCAGGUUCAUAAUUCAAACGCUCAAACCAUCAGGUGUCAUCCAGCUCGUCUCCUCGUGGAUUUCAUUUAGAGACGUGUGGACAUUCAGCUUCUGUCUGUCUCAGAUGGAUCAACACAAGAAGGUGGAAACAAGAAGGAAUCAUUAAGGAGUUUGAGUCAUUUCAGAUCAUAAAAGUCAUUUGAGGGAAGUUCGGUUCCUGCUGAGAACCAGGAUCUCGGGCUACAUGUAGAAUUUUAUCACUUUGAGUUUGUCAGUGUUCGGACAGGAAGUCGCUCCAGCCUUAAACAGGAGACCAACAAACAGCAAACUGUUCUAAUGUUCCUGACUGAGUGUGAACUUUCUAUUUAUUUCAUAAAGAAGGCGUUUUACUCCCUGACUGAGGUCCGGCUUCCUGACGAAGUCGAUGCAGUCUGAAGAACUUUAGAAGCUUAAAACAUUUUUACAGGUUGAAAUAUUUUGAGAAUUGAUGUGAAGUUACUUUUGUUUCCUGUCGCUGUUUUUGCAUCAUUUCAACGUCCCUGCAGGCGUUUGAACACCACGGUGACUCUGAUGACACUGAUGCUGUAGUAAGAUGAUUGUACACAUUUUGUAAGAUACUGACUGACAAGAAACUGCUACGUCACCACUGACCGACAAGAAACUGCUGCGUCACCACUGACCGACAGGAAACUGCUGCGUCACCACUGACCGACAGGAAACUGCUGCGUCACCACUGACCGACAGGAAACUGCUGCUGUAAAGGAAAAAUCCUCCACAAACAUUCAAAGUUGUGAUGUCAGGCUGCGUCUUCAGUCCCUGAAAAACCUUCUUCUGGGUUAAAAUGCGGAUCACAAACCAAACUCAGGUUAUUUAAUGUUCAUUUAAAACAGAGAAAAUUAGGAAAAUGUGAGGAUUGAAAGUUUUCGCUCAUUCGACUGUUUCCAGAUCAAAAUUAAAGAUUAAAACCUCAAAGUAAGACUCGCUGCCCCCACAUGAAGGCUUCAUUCAUCAGUAAUAAUUCAACAACAGUAACUGAAGAUGACUAAACGAGAACACAUGGACGAGAAUAAAAAGUACAAACAUUAAGAUUUUUGUGUAAAGCCGAAAAGAAAAAUUUAAAAUUCUUUCAAAGUUUCUUAUUGUCAAACUGGUAUGACAUUGGAGUUAAAUUGAACACAUAUAAUUUACAUACAUUUAGUCACUUUAGACUCUUCAGGGCACAUUUAAUAAUAAAAUCAAAGGUUUGUACUAUUAAUUACUUUCCAUCUUAAACUGUGACAAAAUUUAUCAAUAAUAAUAUCUGCAGUGGGAAUUUUUUCUGUUCACAUUAUUACAGUUAUCCAGCAGGUGGCGUCCUCACUGCACUGCUGUGAAUCUGAACCUGCAGUGUGUUGAACGCUUCGACUGACUAAUGAACAGACUUAAUGUUAAAAAGCUGCUAAAUCUGAAUGGAUUUAAGGUUUUCCUGCUGAAGCCCCGCCCUCCUGUGACCUCACACCUUAUGACAGAAAUUAUAAUAAUUAUUAUAGAAAUAUUUACCUUUAAUCUUGCUAAAGUGAAACAAAUCUCAUAAUAAAGGAAUCGUGAACAUUAAAUGUUCCAGAACAGCCUCCUUUGUUGAAGAAAUUUGGGAAACAAACCAAACAAACAAAUGUUUAAUUUACUCUGGAAGUUUAAAAAGCUAAUCCAGAAGCUAAUUUUCUUUUUUUAAUUUCUGUAUUUACUUUUUGAAUUUGUUUAUCUGGAGGCUUGAUUACCUCAGUUUGUUGUUUUCACUGGAGUCGUGCUUCCUGACUUUCUACAACGUUAGGAGGACACACAAGCAGGAGCAAUGAUUAAAAACAGCAGAAUUUCCCUUUAAUUAAUAAACUCCACUGGUUUAUCUUCUCACUUGGCAGCAGUGAUGCACAGGUGUACUCCAGGACACUGUGACAUCACUGUUGGGCGUGGUUACAGGUGCAACAGAGCAAAUAAUGACAACAUAAACAUAAAAUAAUCUCACUAAAUGUAGGAUUAAGCAAAAAAAUAGCUCAAAUUUACUUGUAAUCUGACUCUGACAUGGGAGGAGGAGGUGGUUGUCGGGGCAACCGGUGGAAGAUAAGAGACUGAGACUCACCUGAGGUCACGGUGUCCCCAGCAGCACAUCGAACUCUUUGAAACGACCACACCUGUCCUCGUGUACGAGCCUCCGUCUCUGCUGCAUCAAGGUGUUCCGUUGAGAAGUUUUCGGCCUGUAAAUUUGAUUUGCUGGCAGAAAUUUUCAGCAACUGUUUGAAAUGACAAAGUGAAUAAAAAAAAACAAACGUACCAACAUGCAGAAGUGAAAAAAAGUCACAUUUAUUGACGUUUUUGGGCAGUUUUCACACCUUUUUAACCCACUGAAAUCAGACUUCAGGUGGCAUCUUAACAACAUGUCACACAAAAACCACAUGCACACCUUUUUCCAUAUUAACUGUGUUUAUAAAGGGAGACUGUAAACGCCUCACACAGACCUCAGACCAGCUCAGACGGCUUUCCAGAGACUCUGUAGCUGCAGGUGAAAUGAAGGUGAUGAUGUGACCUGAGAGGAAAACAAUGGUUUGUUUGCCAGUGUCACUGAUUGUGUUGUUAUUUGUCAGUCGUUCUGUAAAUGUCACUCAGAGGCGACUUUAUAAACUUGAAUUU